GUCUCUAAUUAUGAAUUUAUAUAUGCAUUUUGAAAUCGCGUAAAUACAUUAUAGGGUAAAAAAUUAUAUCACAUAAACAGAUUUUAAUUUACUCUAUUACGACAUAUAAGUUCAUACGGGUCGCGAAGGCGUUCUGUGAAAUCAAACUGUGUAAAAACAUCAGAAGGAAACCGGAUCUAGUCAUUCUAUAUUACAAAUUACGAGAAGCAGGUUGACGAUGUCGAGAUUUCUUGCAAGAAAACUUCUGGGAUGCGGGAACGUCUUAAAAAAAGUCUCUCAGGUCGGCGUUGUGCCCCUUAGGCAUUUAAAUCUCCUGGAAUAUCAAAGUAAAAUGCUUCUAAAAGACAGUGGUGUAUCUGUGCAAAAUUUUACAAUGAUUGACGACGUCAACAAGGCUGGUUCUGUUUUGGAUAAAUUCAAAGCUGAUGAAUAUGUUGUUAAGGCACAGGUGUUGGCUGGUGGGCGUGGUAAGGGUUGGUUUGACAAUGGAUUCAAGGGUGGUGUACAUAUUACAAAAGAUCCAAAGCAGGUACUUGACAUAGUGAAAAAAAUGUUUGGACACCGUCUAAUCACUAAACAAACUUCAAAUGAUGGUAUAUUAGUUCAGAAAAUUAUGGUAGCUGAGUCCGUGGAUAUUGCCCGGGAGACGUAUCUGUGUCUGCUUAUGGACAGGCAGCAUAAUGGCCCUGUGCUUGUCGCAUCGCCAGCUGGUGGUAUGGAUAUUGAAGCAGUUGCUGAAGAGACACCGGAAUUGAUAAAAGCUAUACCAUUGGAUAUUUAUUAUGGCAUUGAUGAUGAGAUUGCUAAGGAGGUAGCAAAUUUCUUGGGCUUCAAAGAGAAAGAUAUUCAGGAGAAAGCUAUUUCUGAAAUCAAAAAUCUUUGGAGAUUGUUUGUAGACAUAGAUGCGCUUCAAGUUGAAAUUAAUCCACUGGCAGAAACCACAGACAAAAAAGUCAUUGCUGUUGAUGCUAAAAUAUCGUUUGAUGAUAAUGCCGAAUUUAGGCAGCAGGACAUAUUUGCCUUGGAAGAUGUGAGCGAAAAAGAUCCACGAGAAGUUGAUGCAUCUAAUUUUAAUUUAAAUUACAUUGGCAUGGAUGGAAAUAUUGGAUGCUUAGUAAAUGGUGCUGGCUUAGCUAUGGCGACUAUGGAUAUUAUCAAAUUAAAUGGAGGUACACCAGCAAAUUUCUUAGAUGUCGGAGGUAGCGUUAAAGAGGAACAGGUUUACCAGGCUUUCAGAAUUCUCACCGAGGAUCCCAAAGUCAAAGUGAUACUUGUCAACGUUUUUGGAGGCAUUGUAAAUUGUGCUACGAUAGCUAGAGGAAUAGUCUCAGCCUCCCGUAAUCUAGGCCUGAAAAUACCUCUAGUUGUAAGAUUGGCAGGUACAAAUGUGGAGGAAGCGAUGAAAAUUAUUGCGGAAUCAGGACUUCCGAUUCUCACAGCAAAUGAUUUGGAUGAGGCAGCUAAGAAAGCAGUCAGUGCUGUCAAGCAGUAAUUCAGUCAAAGUCAUGCUGCUGUCUUCAAUAAAAAAGACUGAAGAUAUCUUCGUUUGAGUAAUGGGUACGCAUACGAAAACAAUAAACAUACAAACAGUGACAUGCUAUAAAAGAUGACGUUAUCAAAUAAGAAAACUAUAUUUCACGUAUCUUAAAACCGCGGUAAAGCAUACGUGCAUAUAAAAUAUCCAAAGAACGUGAACUCUAAUUGACCCAGAACAAUUCCUUAUCUUAGACGAUAAUUAGACGCUUUUAAGUUAAUUAUAUAUUUCAUCGAUUUCUCAUCAGCUAUCAGUGACAGAAGAAACGCAUUAUCGUUAUCAAACUCAAUUUUAUUAACUAAUGAUUAUCGAGAUUGCGAGUGCAGUUACCUCCAAACUGAUUACACUCGUUUCUCAUGUUACAAAAACAUCAUGUUAUCAUUUGUGUAACUGUAGUGCUAAGUGUUAUAAAGUACUUUGGCAUUUUCUUUAAAUAAAUUUUUACAAAGGAAA